AUGGCUGCGACAACAAGGAGCCAGCUCGCAAUCACCGAGCUGGAUGCAGAAGGGUCGCCUGAAGCCAUCUACACAUUGCAGUCCGGUACAAACAAUGUUGAGAAGCGGUCAGUAAAGACAUCCACACCGGCUGCGACGUCCCUGCUCCUGAGAUGUAUGAGUGCCUUUUUGCCGGCGGGCUAUCCUGCUACUGUCACUCCGGACUAUACGCCAUAUCAGAUCUACGACUCGGCACAAGCAUUCGCUUCUACCAUUGCAGGGCUCUUGGCUUCUAGAGCAGUCUUUGUAGGCAUGGGUGUCGGUUCCGAGGAUGCCUCCUUGGUGACCACCAUGCUGCUGUACAUUGCUCAGGAGACGAUAGGACGAGUGGCUACUAUCCUCUUUGCACAUCAGUUCUCCCAGAGAAUCGCGGCCGAGGUCAAAUUCUACCGCUUCUUUGCAGACAUUGUCAAUGACAUUGCGUUUGUGCUGGAUUGCAUGAGUCCCGGAUUGCCGAUUAUCGGUCGCGUCCUGACGCUUUGUGUCAGCAACGCAUUUCGCGCCAUGUGUGGUGUGGCUGGAGGCAGCAGUAAGGCCAUACUGAGUGCCCAUUUCGCAAAAGCAGGCAAUAUAGGCGAGCUGAAUGCCAAAGACGGCAGUCAAGAAACGAUGUUAAGUCUGGUGGGUAUGUGGGUAGGAGGUUUGGUGGUUAGUAAGGUGCACGGCACAGCAGCGACGUGGUCUUGCUUAAUACCGCUGUUGGCACUCCACCUCUGGGCGAACUGGAAGGCAGUGAAGAGCGUCCGGUUAAAUUCUCUGAACGCUGAACGAGCGCGCAUUGUGUUCGGCGGAAUGCUAAGAGGCCAGCUGCAAAGUCUGGACGACGUCAAUCAAGAAGAGGCAAUACUCAGACCCAGUGCCCAUUCUGUCCAGGUGGGGGUCAGUUUCAAGAAGUUUUUCUCUUUCAUGCAUGACACUGUCAAUGCACAAUCAGAGUCAGAAGUUUAUGGGUACUUCGGCUACCUGCUCGAAAUUUUCGCCAAUGAAGAAUAUCUGUUGUGGCUCGACAUGCGCAACGGCAACGGAAUGGUCAUCUUGAAGGCAUCGGCCAACGGAGAGACGCAGGCGAAGAGCUUCUGUCAUGCGCUCCGUUGUCGGCAUCAACGCGACUCUUUGCCCGGGUCAACAGCGAAGGUUUUGACAAAGCAGGAGAACUUCGACGCCAUGGGUCAACCUUCGCCUGCACGGGCAGUGAACAGUGAAGCCGAGGUAUCAUUCCAGGUACUCGUUGCAACGCUACAGCAUAACAAACACGAGUGGUCGAAAAUUUGCAAUCAAGCUCAGGACCUCGGCUGGAACCUUGAUUUGACCAACUUGGUCGGAAGACAAGGCUGUCGCAUCCAAGUGGAGGACGACGCUGGAGACAACAAGAAGGACAUAUGA